UGUCUCUCCUUUUUUUAAGGCAGCCAUAAUAUGCUCCUAAGCCUCUGUCCGACGGCCAUCUGGAAUGCUGCCUGGAGUUUACCGCGGAGAAACAUCAUUGGCUGCACCACUUACACGCCGUCACUUUAUCACAGCCAGCAUCUUCAUACUCAACCCAAAUAUCACAGCACAUCACCACCUCGACGAAAACCAAAAGUCUCUUCAUCCAUUCAACAACCAUCCAACGGCAUCAUUAGCAUCGAUUCCAUCAUGACAAUCCCUCCCAAGCCGAACCUCUCUCCAUCCUCUCCCACCAUCAAGACCCGCAUCCUCAUCAUCUCCGACACCCACGCCACCGUCCCCCGAACCAAGGAGGCCCAUCCCGCCGCCGACACAGAAGACGAACUCAACAAACCGGGGGGCCCAAUCAGCUUCCCCACCGGCUUCAGGUCGCCCCUCCCAGAGGCCGACGUCGUCCUUCACUGCGGCGAUCUCAGCAAGCGCGGGAGGCCGGAUGAGAUGCGCAAGACGUUUGACAUGCUGAGAGGCCUGCACGCGCCGCUGAAGCUGGUCAUUGCGGGAAAUCACGACUUGGCCUUUGACGACACGCAUUAUUCCCAUGACGAUAGUAGCGAUGGCAGUGACGACAAUGCGAUCAAGCGCAAUCCCAAGCCCAAGCCCAUGUAUAUGGAGGCCCUUGAGAUUGCCAAGCAAGCCGAGGUCGACGGCGUCAAGUAUCUCACCGAGGGGACCUAUUCUUUCGACCUCGCCAACGGCUCCAGGCUACGCAUCUACGCAAGCCAGUACACGCCUCAGUAUGGCUACUGGGCGUUUCAGUACCAGGCCGGGGAGCACAGCUUCGACAUCCCCUCCGACGUCGACGUCGCCAUGACCCACGGCCCUCCACUCGGCAUCCUCGACCGCACUUCCGGCGGGGACAGAGCCGGCUGUGGAACUCUCUUCAGGGCUCUGUACCGCGCGAGACCCAAGAUCCAUUGCUUCGGCCACAUCCACGAGGAUUGGGGCGCUCAACUCGUGCAGUGGAAGCCCGAGCCCAGCAGUUCCGCGCCCCAGUCCUCGUGGACGGUGCCGAAGCCAUGGAACUCAGAGCCCGUCAUCUCAUCUGCCACUGUUCUCGAUAGAGAACACUCACGCAUGCUUUAUACGCUCACUCCGCCUCCCAUGUCUGUUGCCACCAAUACUACGUUGAUUGAUAUGGAGGAGCACAAACACCUCUUGGAGUGGAGCAAGGAUCGGGGCUGUUACAUUGACCUGGCAGACGGUGAGAACAAGAUCAAGGAAGGCGAGCAGACGCUCUUUGUCAACGCAUCGAUUAUGAGCGUUCGAUAUCGGCCAUCACAGAUGCCCUUGGUAAUAGAUAUGGACUUGCCGAGAGCAGCAGAGUCAAACCCAUGAGGGCGUUAUUGGCGCGUAUAUGAGACAACAAGUUGAUAUAGUGAAGAUGAGAGGGUAGUUUCUUCCAAACGAUUCUCACGUAUCACGCACGCAUUGAUUCGAAUGAACAGAUUUUACAACUUUCAAACUUGAGAUUUUGCCAGCGACGUUUCCUAUUACCACAUGUACCUAUAUAUAUAUAUAUAUAUAUAUGCCCUUUAGCGAGAGUUUAUGCUACGAUAUUGUAUUUCAAGUUAGACAUGAGAAAUAAUACGGGGAGGAAAAGUUUCUAUGAUAUAUCAGUCUUUCAUAUUACUGCGUCGUUGUAUUUAAAUAACCGCUCCAUCAAAAUACUGAAUUUAA